UUACCGUAGAAGAUGAAUCAUUGUUUACUAAUAGCUAUAUCGAAUUAACAUAUAAGAAUGAUGUUGAAGCAGCACAGAGAAGUGUCCAGACAAAUUUUGAAGCUAAUUUUAGCCGUAUAUCAGUAGAAAUGUUAAAGUUUUUUUGUUAUAAAAUGGGUCUUUUUGAAGCAAGUUCAAAGCAGGAUUUGGUGAAUCAUUUGGUUAUUGAGUAUAAGAAAAGGGAUGUUUUGGUAGGUUCUGAUAAUGCUGUUAAAGGGAAAUCGGUUGAUGUAGAUGAUGAUAUCAAGGAGUUAUCUGGAGAAGAUAGUAAGUUCAGUUAUGAGAUUGGGAAAGCUUUUCAAAUAUCUUUGACGGGUGUAUUGUUGGAUAAAGCUCUCUUUUCUGGAAAUGUCGAGUAUGUUCAGUUGGCUAGGCAGGUGGUGCUUGAAAGGGCAUAUGUAGUUAGGGUGGCUGAUAAAGAUGGAUGGAAUGUGGCUGCUAGAAUGAUAUUAAGUGAUUUAUUUGAUCUAAUAAAUACGGGAAUGUCUAAUAGAUUUAUAUCAUUUAAGCAAGUUGUAUAUUACCUUUGUGAAGAAAAAAGGCACUAUGCAAAUAAAUGUGAGUCAAGGAAGCAUAUGGAUUCACUCUUUCGUGGUGAAAGUGCUAAACUCCAAAGAAGCUGA